AAGAAGUAAAGGGACUUUUAGAGGACAAUAGGCAAAACAGUAGGCAAGCUGACGUGAACGUAAGUGCUUCGACAUUAAGGCAAUCGAUUUUGACGGCUAGAUCAAGUGGAAUCGAAGAACAAUCGACGACUUCUACGACAAGUGUCACAAGUGUACGAACGCCGAGACAUACGAUAUCACAGUCGACAACCAAUACCUCUGGAGCAGCAACCAAUACCUCUGGUAUUACUACUUCAGAGCAGCAAAGUUCAAGAGCCCUUCAAAAUUUCAGGUCUCUAUUUGCUCCAUAUGUAGCAUCUUCAAGAAACAACUGGUCGCGUCCUCCUCUUGCAAAAAAAAACAAAAAAGGGACCAUUUCAAGUUAAAGAAACAUGGACUCAUGAAUUUUUUUGCCUAGCCGAAACAUGUGCGAUUCGCGUGCCAACUCGCUUAAAAAAGAUUAACCUUCAGAAUUCUGGACUUGGUCGAAAAAAAGUUGUGUUCAAAUGCAAUGACUCUGCUUUUGAUGUUCAAAAAGUCUUGCAGGGAGUCUACCCAAAGCUUAGCCAAGCUGGAGGCUUUGAGUUGUUAAGAAUUGGUGAUCCACGUACAUCUCUUGUGCUUAUUACACCUCCUGUUACUGGCUACUCUGUGCCUUUUCUAAGGGAUUCCGCUGGAUUAGGGCAAGCACUUGCCUAUAUAAGGCCCCUACAGAAAGAUCUUGAUUUAUCUACAUCCAUUGAUGAAGAAAUUGAGCAGGUUUGUCAUAUGUACAGUGCCAGUGUCUAAAAAAUUGAUGGUACCAUUAGUUGAGCAUUUGCAUGCUCUCUUGUUCCACCACAGGGCAUUUACAGUUACGGCUUAUUGCUAGUCUUGCUAGCCUGUAGGCAGUCCCAUGGCGUCGGGAUGAACAGUUUCAUGAUGAUGUCAAAGGGCUGCCUGUAGGCUAAUUUGUGUAGGCUUGAAGAUAUUUACUCAGGUACAUGUUAGUAUAACAACACAAUACUGGUAAUUGCAUGGUUUUGGUGUACUCAAAAGCUUGUCCAAAUUAUCCAGCACCCUGAAAAACAGGCUUGCUGAAUCCACCAGUUGGUAUUUUUUGCAUGCAUUUGGCAAAUUUCAAUACCUGUUGAAUGUAUAUUUAAAAAUGCUCAAAUGAACCAAAAAAAAUACAAUAUUGAUCAGAAAGACACCUUUAAUUUAAAAACAUUUACUAUACAAUUUCAUUCAUUUUUAUAAGUAUUCUAUAAUUUAUUAAUCACAGGUAGAAGACAAGAAUGUGCCAUUUGUGAAAUGUAUUGAGUGCAAUGAAAAUGUUGCAAUGACACGUUUUAGAAGCCACCAAUGUGAUGUUUCUAGGUAAGUGUUGAUAUGCGCUUUUAAUUCAGUAAUUAUUAUUCCUAUUAAAAUAAUAGACCUUACAGAUUAUUCAAGCUUCUACCCAAUGGCCUCGUUUCCAUGUUAACAUAUUUUAGCAUGCAGAUAACCCUUACAAAAAAAGUCUAUAUAGGCCUAGCCUAUAGGCCAACCUAUAGGUUCCUAUAAGAAACAUAUAGGUUUUUAUAGACAAUUGGAACAUUUUCUAUAGGUGACCUAUUGGGAUACCUACAACCCUAUAGAGCUCGAUCUAUAGGUGCUUGAAGGCUUCUAUAGGGAAUUGGAACAUUUCCUAUAGGCCACCUAUAGACUUUUUUGUAAGGGCUAUUCCCAUGUUUUCCUAGAUGAAGUUGUUUGUUGCUGCUAUUAGGCUCAAUAACAAAGUAAUUUUCAACCCUACUAAGCACAAAACAUGA